AUGCCUAGUAGUAAUCCAAUCUCAGAGGUCCCGGCUGGAUUCUUCAGCGGCCUGGGGAACUUAGAGGAAUUUUAUUUUCAGGAAGUUCCAAUCGGAUCAACAUUGAUAAACGGAUCAUUGGAAUUCCUCGGUGCACCCAUAUCAAUAAUUGAUAUAGGUCGUAACUCCAUCUCAACUCUGGAAUCCCAUGCAAUCACAGGUUUGGAAUCUAACACAGAGUUAGAUAUUCGAGAUAAUGAAAUCAGGGAAUUGACGGAGGAAUCCUUUCGCCCCAUGCUGGAUCUGUUCUCUCUGGUGGAAGGGAUUAUCAAUUUACAUGGCAACCCCGUGGAGCGUGACUGCAGCAUGGCUUGGAUAGUGUUGAAUCCGGUCUUCCUGGAAAGUGUCCUGGGUAUAUGCACCGAUGGAACUUAUUUCAAAAUCUGGAUCCAGACAUUUUUGAAGACUUUUGUCUCAGGAGAGAUCCUCCCAUGGCAGGCGAUUAUUCCACUUGGAUUGGUUCCGAAAAGAUUCCAGCAAUAAAUGGAAUUUGAUUCCCAGGAUUACUGGGAUAAUGAA